CUUGCUAUCUCGUCCACCUACACACUCAACUUUUCAUCUUUUGAACGACCAUCAUCAUGUCCCUUCACGACUCUCAACUUGAACCAGGAAUGGAUAGCAGACUACGCGCGCACUCCAUUGACCUCUCGCUCGAACUCGAACGCCAGCUUGACAACGAAUCCCUCCCGCCCUCUUCCCCCAGAACCGACCGUCCACAAUCGUUGGACCCACAGGUGCUGUCGACCAUCAUCAUCAAUCUACGCACGAGUCUCGCAGAGGUACAGAACGAGCGGGAUGCGCUGUCGGCUGCGUUAGCGGAGUCUCAGAGGAAGGAAGAGACGGCAGAGGCCGAAUUGAAGACGGUGUCGGAGAGACAGGCAGCCGUCGAGGCUGAGUUGGAGGCUUCCAAGCAGAAGAAUCAGGAUGAUGCGGAGACCCUCGCUAUGCUUAGAAGCAAGGUAGAAGAGAGUCGACGAGGCCUCAUGCGCUUGCAGACCGAAAACCGUAGAAUGAGCCAAACGCCGCUCGAUCUCUCUCGAGCUGGUCUGCCGUCCUUUGGUGGUCCUGGCUCCAGCAAACGCGCUUCGUUCACACCCCUCACCGGUUCAUCAGUCGCACGUAUGCAAGCUCACAGACGUAUCUCUUCCGUUUCCGAUUCGACUUUACACUGGGCUCCCGAGUCUUCCAACGCCGACCCCAACUCCACCUCCCCGAACUCCCAAGUCAUCACCCUGCCAGACCUCUCUUCCAAUCCCGCCCCUCCCCCUCCCUCUUCAAGGCGAUUCUCCGGUCUGUUCGGGCGCGCUGCUCCCAUUGACCCGCUUGACUUGUCGGCUGCUAAGCCAGGAGCGACGAGUGCGGAGGUCGAGAGUUUACGUCAAGAGGUCAGGACGCUGAAGGCUGCUCUCGAGGAAACGCGGAGCGAGCUGACGGAGAGCAACGAGGCCAAGGAGGCUUCAGAGACGUGUGUCAAGGCACUGCGCGAAUUCAUCGCAGAGAACAAUGUCGGUCCGGACGCGCACGCCUCUGCCGCUGGUCGUACCAGCAACGAUGGCGGGUCGCGGGCGAGCAUCAGUAGCAGCGGUGCUGGAGGUGGGGCCAACGGCUCCCUCUGGGGUUUCAAACUUUGGAGUACGGGGUCAGGAGCGGGCACACCGGUGCAUGGUAGCGAACCGAGCAUGUCGCCAAGCUCUGAACGGAACGUCGUGCCACUGCCCAAAGCGCAUUCUCAGCCGCCGAUGUACUCGCAAGGGGAGCCUCUGACGAAGAAGCUUGGUGGGUUCUUUGGUAAUCGGAUCAGUGGUGGUGGAGCCGCUGCUCCUGCAGUACCGAGGCCUAUGAAUGGUGUCCAGGAGCCGAUGUAUAACGGGUCAGAUACGUCGUCCGCAGACGAGUCGGUGCCGGUCAGCCCUAUCCUCGAGCACACACCCACGAACAUCUCGGUCGGCGUGAGGAGCGCGGGAUCUGGCCUGGAUGAAAUCGCUGGGAGUCCUGACCAGAAGACUAUGGGGGUAGGCAGGACCGUGGAAGUUGCGUUGUGAUUCAGGAGGGGGAGGUUGGACUGGAAGGAUUUACAGGAUCACGAUAUGAUUUCUCAUGCUACGGGAUACCCAUAGUACACACUGACCGACAUGACAUGACCUCGCACUCUAUGCUUUCUGGAUUGUACAUACACUGAAGACUAAUACUCGCACCUACAUACAUAUACCUAGAAAUAUCAAAUAAUACGUUAUAUCACUGGC